UCGCAUCAGUUUCGCUCGAGAAUCGAAGGAGGAGGGACCGUUAGCGGAGGUUUCCGACGAUCGUGUGUGUGAGUUCGGUGUCUUGGCAUAAAAGCUCCCCCGUUUGAUAUUGAAUGAUCUCGAGGAACGGGGACUUGAGAUCGCGGGACUGUGUGAUGUCUUGUGGCGUUAUCGAACGCAGUGCCGCCCCUGGAAUUGUCACUAUGGAAGUGCCACGUUCAUAUUAAUCCAGGCGAUUACGAAGGGACCGCAGGUAUAUAUAUAUAAAGCACACCUACCUUCUUCUUCUUCUCAACGAUAUACCUCGACUCGCUCGGAUAUGGACUCGAGAAGCGUCCUGCCGAUGACGGUGUAACAGUGGAAACAGAAACAUUUCACCCCGAAGGACAGUCAUUCCUCAUUCAGAUACCUACCUACCCCCACCCCCCUUUUUCUCCCCUUCCCUUAAAAUGCCACAACACUUGAGCGGUGGCAAACUGAAGAAGGAGUCUUCCACCGCCGCCGCCGCCGCCUCUUCCACAGCCAUCUGCCCGACCAGCCCUCCUUCGCCCCUCCUGAUGAGGGUGAAGAUCCGAAGCCUCGUGCAGCAGGGGGCUCUCGCGUGCAUCGCUGUGACCGUCUGCGUGUUGGUCCUCAACAACCUGGCGGCCCAUGGCCACGGCGGCGCCGGGGAAUCCUCCAGGGGCGAGGCCCUCAAGAUCUCCCCGAGACUGUCCGCCGCCGUGGUGCACUCGUGGCCCGAAAGGGCCCCUAGGUCCCUCAACAGGGACUACGAUCCCCCGGCGGGAGGCGGCGAGAACAGCCUGCUGGGGGAGGUCGUGACGGUGGCGGGAACCAGCGGCAGGUUAGAAGGAGGAGGAGGAGGAGGAGGCAUAGGAGGAUACCUCGAGGAGCAACGCCCCCAGGAGGACGACGACGACGUGGACGAGGAGGAGAGGCAGAGGAGCCUCCUGAGUGGCUUCGUAGCGACGGCGACGACCAAGCCCUCCACAGCCCUCGACGACAUCUUCAUCAGCGUGAAGACCACCAAGAACUUCCACAAGUCGCGGCUCGACCUCGUCCUCAAGACGUGGUUCACGCUGGCCAGGAAGCAGACUUGGUUCUUCUCUGACACUGAGGAUCCUGAAUACCAGAAAAAGACAGGAGGUCACCUGGUCAACACUAACUGCUCGGCUUCGCACAACCGGCGGGCCUUAUGCUGCAAGAUGGCCAGCGAAUUCGACGCCUUCCUCGAGAGCAAUAAGAGGUGGUGGUGUCACUUCGACGACGACAAUUACGUGAACGUGGGGCAGCUGGUGAAUAUCCUGGCUGACUACGAUCCCCUUCAGGACUGGUACCUGGGCAAGCCCUCCAUACGAGCGCCCUUGGAGAUCAUCAACAGAGAUAAUGUUUCGGAAAGAAUCUCCUUUUGGUUUGCAACGGGUGGCGCUGGGUUUUGCAUUUCCGAUUCUCUGGGGCUCAAGAUGAUGCCAAUUGCUGGAGGAGGAAAAUUCAUCAGCGUAGGAGAGAAGAUCCGGUUACCUGAUGACGUCACGUUAGGAUACAUUAUAGAACACAUGCUGGGCAAGAAGCUAACCGUGGUUGACGAAUUCCAUUCGCACCUGGAGCCCAUGCGGUUCCUCAACACGGACUCACUGGCCAGACAGGUGAGUUUCAGCUACUCCCAGUACGGCAGCGAGAUGAACGUGUUACCCAUACCUGGCUUGGACGACCGCCUAGACCCCACCAGAUUGCUGUCACUGCACUGUCUACUGUUCCCGAACUACCACUUCUGCCCAACGUAGCAUUUGGACAGACCGUCUAAAAGACGCGUAGUGCCUAGGGACUAUUGAUAACUUUUUUUUCUUUUUUUUUUAGUGCAUCUUGAAUAUUUAGACUAAACGAUAAUCUCAAUUGAUUUGCUGUGAUAUUAGGAAAGAUAAUGAAUUUCUGUUUCCGUCUAGAAGUUUUUUUUUUUUUUACAAUUGGUCGGUUUUCCUGAUCUCCGAAGUUUUUUUUUUCGAUGAAGAGGUUUCUUUUUUUUAUUUGCAUUUUUUUCUAAGAAAUUAUUUGUUUAAUAUCGAUUUUAGUUAUUUCCUUUUUUUAUCUAACUCCUCUGAGAACUUAAUUGUUUAUUUACUUAUUUUUAACAAUUUUUAAAAAUUAUUCGUUCGUAAAUCGUUGGAUGAUGUUAUUUUCUCGCUGAACUUCGUUAAUUUUUAUUAUCAUUCCUUCAAUAAAUAAAAUAGGAACAACUUUCGAAAUCGUAGAAAAAUAUGUAGACGACAGUUAUUUUUAUGUAGUUAUUCUUUAUUUUAAUUUUACGAGUCUUUCAUCGUAUAGUCGAAGACAACUGAAUCUGGUGCGCACAUAUAUAGGAUAACGAGAGAAAGAGACAAUAUGGAAAUAAUAAAUAUGUAAUUAUUAUAUACCCUUAUUGUCUAGCCAUAGAAAGACACUCUUAUGAUAAGAUGGUAGCACUGCUCGCGCGCUGUUUGUAUCCAAAGCUUCAUUUCUUUUUUCUUUUUGGUACGGAAAUACUGAUGGUCGGGUCUAUAAAUAGUUUUCCCGGCAUAAUUCCCCGUUCCCCUGGUCCUCUUUUUUUGGGGGGAGGAGGAUUCAUGUUUGAAUUCCCCUAAUCUCCACCUCUGAUUCGUAUUUGAAUUCCCUUUAUCUUGCUGCAGUUCCCCUCCGUGUAUCGAGUGGAUUCAUUUGCAAUUUCGAAUUCCCCCCCCCCCCCCCCCGCCCUCCCCCCCCCCCCCCCCCGCCCUCCCUUUUUAAAACCCUUUAAGGUCCCUAAGUUCCUCUUUGGAAGGGGAUUCGGUUUCAUCUUCCGGUAUUUUUUCUGGGGAAUCGUUUUGGAAUCCCCCCAUCCCCCCUUUAGUAGUUUCGAUCUCCCAUAGUAGUAUAUUUUAACACCUUCCAUCUCCCAUGUUAAACUGGGGGAACUCAUUUCCCAUUCGAUCUCCCAUCCUCGUUAGUUGGGGGAAUUCAUUUCCAGUCUUUAUCAUCGUUGGUUAUUCCUUUUUUCGAUUGCCCCACCCCCCCCCCCCCCCCCCCCCCCCCCCCCCCCCCCCCCCCCCCCCCCCCUCCCCCCCCCCCCACCCCCCCCCCCCCCCCCCCCCCCCCCCCCCCCCCCCCCCCCCCCCCCCCCCUGUAAAUCAUCUAUCUUUUUUGUCGAAGGGAAUUACUUUCCAAAUCCCCGUCUUCCAUUAUUACGGGAACUCUCCUUUUCGUAGAAGCUUAAAAUACUUUCUAGUUUUUAAUUUUUAUCAUUUUUUUUUUUUAACCGAAGGCUCAUACGGACAGUAGAGCCACUUCAAGAAAAUCUCAGCGAACGGACGAAGAGAAAAUAAUAAAGACGAGAUGGAUAGUUUCUGUAACUUUUCCGUCUCGGGAGAAUGUUAGAGGAUCAUCUAUCUAUCCAAGUGUUUGCAGUCUUGGUAGUUGCGAUAGAUGAUUUUUGCAAUUGCUUUUAUCAGACGGGCGACGUAAGUAAAUGAUAGGUUGUAUUGUCAUGUUGUGAUGAGUAUAUUAAUAAAUUUGUUGUGCGUGAGACUGUGUCGGUGUGUGUAAGAGAAAGAGAGAGAGAUUGAUUCCGCUGCUUAUCAAGAGCCAAGUGGAAAGUGUAUUAGUGUCAACGAUAUUCUUAAAACCGGUUAAUUUGAUAGCGCGAGUUGCAAGUACGAGUUUUACCUCUGCAAGUGGCGACUUUGAAAUAUGGCUUCCUAUGCUCAAGUUGAUAUCUUCCGCUCGAAAUGGUUUAGUCGAAGUAGCUCUCCUAUAAAAUUUUUUAAUGAACGUUCUUAAAAGAUCGAGGGAGAGAGAGAGAAAGAGAGAGUGAGGGAUAGAAAGUAAUUGAAUUAUCGAGCUUAUUUGGAGCUUCCAGUUCAGUCAUGGAGACUCGUGAUUGGUCGGUGUUUCAGCUUCCUCCUUCACGUCGAGGUCUGUGAUUGGAUGGCAUUUCUGCUUUCUCGUGCACGUCGAAGUCUGUGAUUGGUCGGUGUUUCAGCUUCCUCCUUCACGUCGAGGUCUGUGAUUGGUCCGCUUUUCAGCUUCCUCCUUCACGUCGAGGUCUGUGAUUGAUCGGCUUUUCAGCUUCCUCAUACCAGUCGAGGUCUGUGAUUGGUUGGCAUUUCAGCUUCCUCCUACAUGUCGAGGUCUGUGAUUGGUCCACUUUUCAGCUUCCGCCUUCACGUCGAGGUCUGUGAUUGGUCGCCGUUUCAGCUUUCUCAUACCAAUCGAGGUCUGUGAUUAGUCGGCAUUUCACCUUCCUCAUACCAGUCGAGGUCUGUGAUUAGUUGGCAUUUCACCUUCCUCAUACCAGUCGAGGUCUGUGAUUCGAUGGCAUUUCUGCUUCUUCGUGCACGUCGAAGUCUGUGAUUGGUCCGCUUUUCAGCUUCCGCCUUCACGUCGAGGUCUAUGAUUGGUCGCCGUUUCAGCUUUCUCAUACCAAUCGAGGUCUGUGAUUGGUCGGCAUUUCACCUUCCUCAUACCAGUCAAGGUCUGUGAUUCGAUGGCUUUUCUGCUUCCUCGUGCACGUCGAAGUCUGUGAUUGGUCUGCUUUUCAGCUUCCUCCUUCACUUCGAGGUCUGUGAUUAGUCGGCAUUUCAGCUUCCUCCGUCGAGAGAUCACAGGUUAAAAACUAUCUCUUUUCAAAGCAUUUUGUUGGAAUAAAGUGGUACACAAUCUUCCUCACUUUGUACUCGAAGGAAUUAAGGUCAUGUAGAAAUGGACGAGAGAGGAUAGUGUCAGUCAUUAAACGAUUUUUAACUUAAUGUCAUCUCAGCAUUAGGAUAGUUUUGGUCCCAUCAUUCCAGCGGUAGCAAGUUUCACAGAUAUGUCAAUAAUGUCGAUAGCACUGCCAUCAUUCCUGCGACGGAAUGCAUUAUAGGUGGGGGCCGCAUUUAUCGGGUUAUCAGUACUGACAUCAUUCCAGUUUUGGAAUGUAAUACUGUUGUAUCCUCUAAAGUCGACGUGCCUGUCAUCAUUCCAUCAUUCUAGCAUUGGAAUGUGAGGACGUGACGUUUGUCUCUCUGUCCCUGAUUUUAAGAGAAAUUCGAAA